CAGAAUCCAAUUUUUUAUAUGUACUAAAAGUUAUAUGUUUUUUUCAUAAACUUUUAAGUUUAACCAAAAAAUUAAAGACGCACUAACUGAAACUGACUUAUCGUCGAAGCGGACUUCUGUCUUCUGCACGAGGCAAGAGUGGGGGUCAAAAUACUCGAGCGAUCACAAACACAACAGAAUGUAAUAUAGUGUCUAUACGGACUUGUGCGUACGUAAAGUUAUAGGUUUAGUCUUUGACGUGUUCAUCAGACUGAUUUUGUGAAGAGUGUCAUCAUAAGAAGGUUUUGUGUGUGUUAAAAAAUCAAGUAUUCUGCCAAAUCUAUAAACAAGAAAGAUGGAGUGGCUUUUUGGUAAAAGAGUAACUCCAGAGGAGAUGCUGCGGAAAAAUCAAAGAGCCCUUAAUAAGGCCAUGAGAGAUCUUGAUCGGGAGAGAAUGAGAAUGGAACAACAAGAGAAAAAAAUUAUUCAAGAUAUCAAAAAGAUGGCUAAGGAUGGUCAAAUGGAUGCUGUUAAAAUUAUGGCAAAAGAUCUUGUAAGAACCAGGCGUUAUGUCAAAAAGUUCAUGCUAAUGAAAGCUAAUAUACAAGCAGUUUCCCUGAAGAUUCAAACACUGAGAUCACAAAAUACAAUGGCUCAAGCUAUGAAAGGGGUUACAAAAGCAAUGCAGAAUAUGAAUAAGCAACUCAAUCUUCCUCAAAUUCAAAAAAUUCUACAAGAGUUUGAAAAACAAUCUGAAAUUAUGGACAUGAAAGAGGAAAUUAUGAAUGAUGCCAUUGAUGAUGCUAUGGGAGAUGAAGAUGAUGAGGAAGAAAGCGAUGCUGUUGUUUCACAAGUCUUAGACGAAUUAGGUCUUCAGCUUAAUGAUCAGCUGUCUGGACUACCACAAGCAUCAGGUUCUUUAAGUGUAGCUGGUUCAAAGCAACCAGUAGCUGCUGCUGCUGGAGCUGGCGAAGAUCUUGCUGAUGCCGAUGCAGAUCUUCAAGCUCGUCUUGAAAAUUUACGUCGCGAGUAGUAGUAACUUGUUAUUGAUGUGAGUGACUUUCGAGUGGAUGAUUUAUUUAGUGUACAGAAUGUAUAAACACUCUAUACAUAUGGGCUGAAUCACGUCAAUCAUGAUGAACAGAAAAACAAAAUUCAAAUUAAGUAAUUUUUAUAGUGAGUUUAAGAUAAUUUGCAAAUUUAUUAAAUUUUUUAUACUUAAGUCAAAAGUUAAAAAUAAAUCAGAAAUAAAUGUUUAAUUGAACAAAUAAUCUUAAAUUGAAAUGGUUACAAAGAUCUUUUAAGUGUUUAAAUCUUUGAGUUAUUUUACAUCUUCAUUUUGUGGUAUGCGUUUAGUUUGAAUUUAUUUUAUGUUUGAUUGUGGUUGAUAUGAAUCAUUUCUUAUGUAUAUAUUACAAAUAUUUAUAUAUGCAUUGUGAUAAAUUUUUUAGCUUAUAAGAAUUUAAUUCUUGUUAAAUUUUUUUUGAAAACUAUAAAUUCUCACUGCAAUUUGAAAAGAAUUGAUAAUUUUUUCUAGCAGCUUUUAGACAGGCAAAAAUAAAAAUUUCUAUAAGCUAUUACGUUUACAUCAUGUAAACAACUUUAAAUCUGUGUGAAAUGAUAAUAAGAUCACGCUAAAUCAUUUAGUGUGUUUGCUUAUUAAUAUCCAGCAAUGCAUAAGAGUAGUUGAGUACUAUGAAAAGAUUGAUAAGGAGAACAGAACUUACCAAAAGCUUGAACUUAUGCGAGCAAUGCUUCUUGGGAAGCUUAAUACUUAUUUUUUAAUAAAAAUUUUAUAAUAUUCAUUAUAAUACUUAUGCUGACCGCAAUGAGUAAGUCUAUCAGAUUUUACAAAAUAAACGAUUUUAAGAUUAUAUACUUACUUUUGAUGAUAUUUUCAUAAUAUUGUGUAAUAAUUAUUACAAUUCAUAUUAUAAAUAAAACUUGACUUUUAUUUUGCUAUGAACAGAAUAUAAAAACCGUUUAAUGAA